ACUUUCUGUCCUUGCCAGCCCAGGACCUCUUAACUCAACUCGCAGAGGCUUUUCAGUCAAAAGAGAGCAAGAUAAUGUCCAGACGCAAGUUCCAGGAGCGAAAGUGGCAACCAGCUGAAGACUUUGCUACGUACUUUAACGACAAGACCCUGUUGGCUGCACACAUCAGAAUAGACGACGAGGAAUUAAUCGACAGUAUCAUCGAAGGAAUACCGGAUACUCUUCUACGACAACAGGCACACAUGCACUGUUUUAAUUCGUCUGCCCAGCUGUUGCAGGCAUUCUCCAAAGUAACAUUGCGGAAACCAUCUCUCGCAUUUGGACGCCACAAAGACGUUUCUGGAAAUCAGCCCGGACCCGCUGUAAGAUGCUUCAACUGUAACUCCAUGGGUCACUUCGCAGCCGACUGCCGCAAGCCUAAGCGCGCGUACGGCGCUUGCUACGGUUGCGGAAGUUUGGAGCACCUGAUAUCCCAUUGCAACGAGAAGAAGAACGCAACCAAAAAUGAAUAUAAUGCCUAAUCGAUUCUGGGAGUCCAAUUAGUUUUACGAAGUUAUCCUGCGUUGAAAACAUUCUAAGAAGUAAUAUCGUUAACGUUAAUGAAAACAACUUGUCGCAUUACUUUGGCUUGAACCACAGCCCUUUAGACAUAUAUGGAAAGAUAUCAUGUUUUGUUAUUAUGAAUAAAGUGAAGUUUAAUUUUGAAUUAUUAA